AUGCUGACAUAUAAACCUGCUGCAAAAAUAAGUUCAGUUAUAAGAGCUGGUGUUGUGUGUCUCGUGAAUCCAGUCGUGGAGAUAAGACCUAUUACAUUGCAAAAGUGUUCUUUGCAAAUAGCUGACAGUUGGAAAUAUGGCAUGUAUCAAUAUUUUAAAUGUCCAGUUGUUCACAUCAUUGGCAUUGAUAUGACAGUGUAUCAGUAUCCAAAUUAUCAUAAUGUCAAUAAUUUUCUUAUAUAUACUGUAGUGAUGUACUUAUAUGGCCAGGUGGAACUGCACAUGCGAUACAUCCAGCUGCAACGUCUCCUGCAGGAGAAGAUGUCUGACCUGGAGCGGUUGUGUCACCAGGAGAAGUCCUUGCUGGCUGCAUGGAGAGCCCAGGGUUUCCGCAUCCCCCAGCACCCGGUGUCCGGCCGUCCACACCAGCACCUGUACCAUCACCAUCACCACCACCAGCACCACCACCACCACCACCACCGGCAACUGCUUCCUGCCUCCAGCACCACCUCAUCCCCCCUGCCUACCUCCUCUAGGGUGCUGCCCCCACCCAUCCAGUAUCGCAUACCCCCUGCCAGCCCUUGUAGUGCCCAGAACCCCAUAAGACCCCCACAAGAUCAAUGGGGUGCAAUGUCCUCCACCAACUCCCAGUCUCAUGCUCCCUCACCACUUCAUCACCAUCGGCAGCACCAACAACAACAGCAACAACUACAACAACAACAAUAUCUCCAACUCAGCUGUUCCCCUGGUGCUGUCCGGAGGCCUCAUGUGUCUUCUGAGUGUAGCUCUCCAGCCCAAACUAUUCACACUCCUCUUGGCUCUGUACCAUCUGUCGCUCAGCAGCAAUGGCAACAGCGUAAACCACACUCUUGGGAUAACUUGCUUUCCACGAGGGCAUUUGGUGGAUAUGGGUUUGGCUAUGGGUUUAUCGAUAUCCCCCUCGUGGAGCUGGCAGGGGUGAGAAGUUGCGCACCUCUUCACACAUGCCUCUUUUCCAAGCCUAAGAGCACUGAAAGCCUCUUGGCACCACGUUCCCUCCACCCUGCUGCCUCUGACUCAAGCUUGGCAGGAGAUCCUCAACAUACUAGGCGACGUUCUCGAGCUGCUUCCUUAGCUGACUGCCUUGGUGCCACCAGACACUCUCCUCCAGACCAGGAUGAAAUGACGCACCUGUGA